AAAAAACCAACAAACAAAAAAACAGCCAUCCCAUGACAAUGCAAGCUUUGGCACCAAAGGAGUCCACAGCUGACCAGAGGUUUUGCUGUCCUACAAGGGUUCUGCAGCUUAUUUUCAGGCAAAUAAGAAACACAAGGAGAAAAACAAAAUCACUGCUAAUUCAGAUAUAGAUUUGGUCUAUGAUAUUGGUCUAACGACAGUGUGUCUCAAAUCUUAAUAUCUAAAAAUGUGUAUCCCAUUCCCAUUUCCACAUUGCAUACUCACAAAUGACUUCUUCUCCACACUCAUCCUAAUGUUACCUGUGUGCACUUAAAUUCUUCUCUGUCUUUUUGUCUAGGUUACUGUGCCUAAAUAGGAUGCAGCAAUCAAGAUAUAAUAUGCCAAGUGGUGGUCAGUCGACUAUUAGAGAAGAGUUCAUUUUAGUACAUAGCUGCAAAGGGAAACUAUUAUCAGCCCAAUACCUAAGCAAGCGAUAUGGCGAAUCACAAAGUCACCGUGAAAUUCUGCAUCAUCAUCAGCUUUUGCUUAAGGAAUAAACAGCAUGUGAUGCACAUCUUAAUUUUAAUUUGAGACUAGAACAUUCCACAACUUUAUAACUACUAAAAAUACCUAGAUGUUUAUAUAUCACCAAUCAUUGCGAUAUAUAGAUGAAACCAAAAUCUUCCAGAGGAUCAUGAAGGCAGGGCAAUGAAAGGGAAUCUUGCAUUUUUAUGGCAUCUCUAUCUGACCUAGUAUGUGCACAAGAAAAUAUCUUGGCUGCCAGAGCUGCUACUCCUAUAAUCAUUUGAAUAGUACAAAAACAAAACAAAACAAGCAAUACCUUCUACUAGAACACAAUCUUUCAUCUGCAUAUUAGCAGCUUCAUGAGGUAUUUGAAACUUUGCCUAUGAACUGAAACAUUCCAGAAAACAACAGUACAAGCUUCAUUGUUGCCUAUGGUACCUUAUCAGGAUUCAGAACCUAACAACAGACUAGAGGCACUGCAUUCAUUGUAUCCUAAGAAGUUUAACUAUUUGUGAUUCUUACAGCAUACACAGCAAUGUUGCCUAGAUAUUUCUUAUAGCACUGGCUGCUUUAAUAGGAAUACUGCAAGAAUUGUACUUACACACCACUGUGCUUGAAGCUUAAAAACAUUAUGUAGGAAAGAUCACGUUUUUUUCUUGUUGUUUUAACACAACCAACCAGGAAAAUUAUUAAUGUUCUAAGUGUGUGCAAAUUAAAUGUAAACAGGGUUUCAGAUUCUAUAGAUGCUAAAAAAGGACACUAUCCGAUAUCCCAGGCUCAACAUUUGACCCAUGCAAAAUUCAGAUAAUGGGACAAAAUCUUCAUAAGUACCAAGGAUAUUUUGUUCAUUCUUAACUCAUCACUCCAUUGCUGAGAAAUAAAAAUAAAGCUGAUAAUUCUUCUGUUCCAUUCUUGGUCUUCAGUAGGAAUGAACUAGCAAACACUAUUCCCAGAGAUGGGCUCUCAGUGCUGAAUUGGUUAUACAAAGCACAUUUUUCACUGAGAUGAGGUGUGGUGCAAGGCCUAGAGAUAGGAAACAAUCGACUGUAAGCUGCGUGGAUCGGAGAGCUUCGUCGAACGUUGAGGCUUUGAGGAGGCAAUCGUCAAGUUAAGGAAAUAUUACGACCCCUUGUUUUCUGAGGUGUCUGGAGACCUAAGGACCGGAGGGUUGCCCUUGAGUCCUUCAUUGAGUGAAGCACGUCGUUCGUGGUGGAAGCAAAAAGUUUUUCACCUUUUCACCAAAGGGAAGAUCUUCAAUGGUGCUCUGGACCUCUCGAGGAAAGAAAGAGAAGGAGAGCCAUGAACCUUGCGCAUGACCACUGCUGUGGCGGUCGAUCUUGCUGCAGUGUUGGCUACAUCGAGGGCCGCUUGAAGAGCGGUACGUGAUAUGAUUUGUCCCUCAGAAACCAGAGCUGUAAAUUGUUGUUUUUUCUGUUCUGGGAUGUCGUCAAUAAAGUCCAUGAACUUAUUAUAGUUUCUGUGGUCAUAUUUUGCAAGAACUGCAGUAUAAUUGGCUAUACGGAAUUGCAGCGUCUAGGAUGCAUAUACUUUACGACCAAAGAGGUCCAAGCGUUUACUUUCCUUGUUGGCUGGGGUGGAGCGGGAAUACUGUUGUUUGGCCCUUUGGUUCGCUGCGUCUACUACUAACGUUCAUCUGCAGGUUUCUCUGAGUAGUUCCUGCAACAGCUGAGGAAGCUCUUAAGACGAAGGUGAUAUGGAAAGUGAGCGAUCAGCUGCUGUAACCUGCACAGGUUGUGCCAUGUUUGUCAUUCUUCCACAGGACAGAAGCGACUUUGUCUGUAAAAAGUGCAAGCUGGUCUCCAUAUUGGAAGAGAAGGUUCGAGGUCUGGAGAAACGAGUAUCGACUCUGCGUUGCAUAAGGGAAAAUGAAGAUUUCCUGGACAGACAUCAGGAGAUGCUUCUACGGCCACAAUGUUCUGAAGAUUCAGAGCAGGUGCAGCAGGGACAGAAGGAUGGUGAAGAAGUUUGGCAGCAUGUGACCUCUAGAAGGAGAAAGAGGAGCGUCCAUGUGCCAGCAAUGGAGAUACAGGUGAGCAAUCGUUUCCAUGUUCUCUCUACAGGUACUAAUGUGGAGAGUGGACUAGAUGACACAUCUGAAGGAAGGGAGCAGAAGGAGACUCCACCGAUUGGAAGGCAAAAGAUGCACUGUCCUAGGGAUGAGGGUUCCACAACCACCACUCCCAAGAGGAGGAGGAGCGUGGUGGUGGUCGGGGACUCCCUCCUCAGGGGGACUGAGUCAUCUAUCUGCCGCCCCGACCGGGAAAACCGAGAGGUCUGCUGCUUUCCAGGAGCUAGGAUACACGAUGUGACGGAGAGACUGCCGAGACUCAUCAAGCCCUCGGAUUGCUACCCCUUCCUGCUUCUCCACGUGGGAACCAAUGAUACUGCCACGAAUGACCUUGAGCGGAUCACUGCAGACUACGUGGCUCUGGGAAGAGGGAUAAAGGAGUUUGAGGCGCAAGUGGUGUUCUCGUCCAUCCUCCCUGUGCAAGGAAAAGGCCGGGGUAGAGACCGUCGAAUCGUGGAAGUCAACGAAUGGCUACGCAGGUGGUGUCGGAGAGAAGGCUUUGGAUUCUUCGACCAUGGGAUGGUGUUCCAAGAAGGAGGAGUGCUAGGCAGAGACGGGCUCCACCUAACGAAGAGAGGGAAGAGCAUCUUCGCAAGCAGGCUGGCUAACCUAGUGAGGAGGGCUUUAAACUAGGUUCACCGGGGGAAGGAGACCAAAGCCCUGAGGUAAGUGGGGAAAUGGGAUCCUGGGAGGAAGCAAGAGCAGGAGAGCGCAAGAGGGGAGGACUCCUGUCUCAUACUGAGAAAGAGGGACGAUCGAUGAGUUAUCUUAAGUGCUUAUACACAAAUGCAAGAAGCCUGGGAAACAAGCAGGGAGAACUGGAAGUCCUGGCACAGUCAGGGAACUAUGAUGCGAUUGGAAUAACAGAGACUUGGUGGGAUAACUCACAUGACUGGAGUACUGUCAUGGAUGGAUAUAAACUGUUCAGGAAGGACAGGCAGGGCAGAAAAGGUGGGGGAGUUGCAUUGUAUGUAAGAGAGGAGUAUGACUGCUCAGAGCUCCGGUAUGAAACUGCAGAAAAACCUGAGAGUCUCUGGAUAAAGUUGAGAAGUGUGAGCAACAAGGGUGAUGUCGUGGUCGGAGUCUGCUAUAGACCACCAGACCAGGGGGAUGAGGUGGACGAGGCUUUCUUCUGGCAACUAACAGAAGUUGCUAGAUCACAGGCCCUGGUUCUCAUGGGAGACUUUAAUCACCCUGAUAUCUGCUGGGAGAGCAAUACAGCAGUGCACAGACAAUCCAGGAAGUUUUUGGAAAGUGUAGGGGACAAUUUCCUGGUGCAAGUGCUGGAGGAACCAACUAGGGGCAGAGCUUUUCUUGACCUGCUGCUCACAAACAGGGAAGAAUUAGUAGGGGAAGCAAAAGUGGAUGGGAACCUGGGAGGCAGUGACCAUGAGAUGGUCGAGUUCAGGAUCCUGACACAAGGAAGAAAGGAGAGCAGCAGAAUACGGACCCUGGACUUCAGAAAAGCAGACUUUUCAGGGAACUGAUGGCAGGAUCCCCUGGGAGAAUAACAUGAAGGGCAAAGGGGUCCAGGAGAGCUGGCUGUAUUUUAAAGAAGCCUUAUUGCGGUUGCAGGAACAAACCAUCCCGACGUGUAGAAAGAAUAGUAAAUAUGGCAGGCGACCAGCUUGGCUUAAUAGUGAAAUCCUUGCUGACCUUAAACGCAAAAAAGAAGCUUACAAGAAGUGGAAGAUUGGACAAAUGACCAGGGAGGAGUAUAAAAAUAUUGCUCAGGCAUGCAAGAGUGAAAUCAAGAAGGCCAAAUAGCACUUGGAGUUGCAGCUAGCAAGAGAUGUUAAGAGUAACAAGAAGGGUUCUUCAGGUAUAUUAGCAACAAGAAGAAAGUCAAGCAAAGUGUGGGCCCCUUACUGAAUGAGGGAGGCAACCUAGUGACAGAGGAUGUGGAAAAAGCUAAUGUACUCAAUGCUUUUUUUGCCUGUCUUCACAAACAAGGUCAGCUCCCAGACUGCUGGACUGGGCAGCACAGUAUGGGGAGGAGGUGACCAGCCCUCCGUGGAGAAAGAAGUGGUUCGGGACUAUUUAGAAAAACUGGAUGAGCACAAAUCCAUGGGGCCGGAUGCGCUGCAUCCGAGGGUGCUAAAGGAGUUGGCGGAUGUGAUUGCGGAGCCAUUGGCCAUCAUCUUUGAAAACUCAUGGCGAUCGGGGGAGGUCCCGGAUGACUGGAAAAAGGCUAAUGUAGUGUCCAUCUUUAAAAAAGGGAAGAAGGAGGAUCCGGGGAACUACAGGCCAGUCAGCCUCACCUCAGUUCCUGGAAAAAUCAUGGAGCAGGUCCUCAAGGAAUCAAUUAUGAAACACUUAGAGGAGAGGAAAGUGGUCAGGAACAGUCAGCAUGGAUUCAGCGAGGGAAAGUCGUGCCUGACUAACCUAAUUGCCUUCUAUGAUGAGAUAACUGGCUCUGUGGAUGAGGGGAAAGCAGUAGAUAGAACGG